CCAUCGCAGCGUCGGAAUUAGGCCACAACACAGAUCGCCUUUCAGGGCAGUUGCAGGAGCAUGUUUCUUCAUGUCUUCUUCCCCGGAAUAGCAAUCUGCGCAAGCCUUGAUAACGCUCAUGAAUGAACCCCCUAGGUCAUACGCCCCUUUCGCUGGAAUGGUGGCAGGUUUCUCGUUGUCGCAGUUCGAGUCGUUGACGUGGGCAGAAUUGUGGACAGGGUUCGCAGUGAUGGGAACCCCCUCCGCCAAAUUGUGGUCGCCCAGAUCCUCUUUCCUCACGCAGAUAUUAGACUCGGGUGAAUCCGUAACGAGAGGCUGCAUGACGAGAUUUUUGUUGGAACCUAAUUGGGGGGGAGUUGAGUUUGAAACUCGGAGAGGGAGGGUUCUCACGCAGAUGGCCAGCUGUCUCCGACAUUGUGGAGUUUAAACGCUCAGACGCCGUUAGGAGCAAGGUUGUGCAUGCAGGAUGGGUUGAAAUUGCGAAUUGAGGAUCUGUGCGAACAGCUUGUGGGUUUCGUGUUGAAGAUGUCUUGACAUGCUGUGAUGAAGCACCUGGAGUUCACAGGGAAUUGGGUUCAGCGGGUGUGGUUUGUAACCACUUUUGAAUCAUCUCGUUAAUGCAGGGAGUCUGGCCUGCGAGGAAUGGGUUGAAGUGAUUUCGUUGCAUCGUGCUCUGCUCACGGAUUGCAAGUGACUCGCAGGUUUCGGUUCCUGAAUACUGUCUUCAUAAUUUUGAUUUGGGGUGAGUUAACGAAAGUUGGGAUACAAUUUGCUGGUGGAGAUAGCGGCCGCGGCAUGGGCCUUGUAUGUGACAUGAAGGCUGUGAAUGUUCGGGAGAAAAAAAAACGCUUGAAACGAGAGGAGUAUACGCACGUGAAGCAUGACAAAAGUUUCUCUGAUUGGAAGGUUCUCGUCGGUUCCUCUGACUGGAAGGAUCACGCGUCCGGGAAGAUUCCGGACCGAUAUCGAGUGAGCAACCUCCCUGGCAGCAAUUCUGGUCCUGGUGUGUAUGAGAUUGGAGUAACGCCACCUGCAUGGCUGCCAUCUCAGCGCAGCAAUCACUCCGGUUCUCUCAAACCUCAAGAUGUGGUGGUUGUAUACCUUGGGUGCGCUGAUAAUGUUAACUACCAUUUGCAUCGCUACGGACAGACGGGCGCUCAUCUCGAAGGUAUCAGGUCAGCAAGGUUGUUUAAUGCUAAGAAUGAGUUGGGUAGUACACCAAAACUUCCACAGCUUGAUAAGUCGAGGAGUCUUGCCUCGGAGUCUUCGAACACAAGCUCCGACAGAGCUCCCGGUACCGAUGGCGGUUACACGAGCAUUGAGAGCUAUGGAAGUAGUGAUCCCACUGAUGAGUACCAAGCAAAGUCAGAGAAGAAGAGUGCCAACCCUUCCGACCAAGUUGGUAGUCGUUCACCAAUGCGAGGUCCCCGCCUCUUUUCAGAGGCUUUUGCUCUAGGGUGCUCCAUAGCUUUUCGUUGGGCUGCGACCGAUAGCAAAGAAGCGGCCGAGAGGACGGAGUCCAAGCUAAUCGAUGUCUUCGACUACGCAUGGAAACGUGGAGGCAAAUUUCGACAACGCUCUCCAGAAAUUCUCGCCAAGAUCGUCAAGAGAGGCGCUCUCGGCUCCAACGACUCCCAUGGGUGCUUCGGCGAAAGUUCAGGCCGCGUCUUCUUUGUCUUCAAACGCAGGAGAGUUGGCGUCACGAUUGCUGCACGACAACCAUCAGAUAACAGCCGCCCCUUCGUUGGAUCCAGCAGCAGAGGGACAGACUCCAGCAAAAUCGCUGCCUUUUUCGCCUACAAGUUCAACCCUCCAGUUUUAGUUGGAAAGUCUGCUAAAACCUCCGAGUUUACGAAACUCGACAUUCCAGUUAAUCGUUGCGGAGCACUACUAGAAUCCGGGCUAUCCUGCAGUGCCCUCCCUGUCAAGAGCAGCAAACGAUGCCGCCUUCACAAGAAACCAAGCCAUAAAAAGCCAGCAAGAGUAGCUCACACAAGUAGUCCCACCCACGACAGCAGCGAGGUUCUGGUACGAGUUACACAACCCACCGAACAAGGCGACCGACCGCUGAAGAGACCGUCUCCGGAGUCAUCAAUCUCAUGUUUUUCUUGCCUCUCACACUCUUCACAAGUACGCAGCAACCCCCCGGAGCCAAAGCGGCGCGGCAGCUUGUCAUUUAACUCGUGGCUCCGCACUUCGGAGCUCCGCAUGGCCAAGAGCCGGGAAUGGGCGGAGCUGAAGAACCCUUUGGGUCCCAGACCUGAGGGCACGAAACUAAGCGCUACUUCAUACAGUAACAUUCUUGCGACUUGCGAGGAAUCGGCAUGCGAGUCUUCGCGCUUGUCUACGCGACGGGAUAUUUGUGGACUGCGACUGGAGGAUGGCACAGUUUGCCUGGAUCCCCCCCGACCUGAUCGAAAACGAUGCGAGGCCCACAAGGGGCUACGCAACCAAGCGCGGCCUCAGUCUCCAAACACGUACCCUUUGAGGCAAGGAAUGUUUUAGUCCUUGGAGUGGGGAUACAAAUGGGAAACCAUCAAUGUAAUAUAAUCUAGCGAGGACCACAGUAGUAUAUUUUUGCCCAACACAAUUGUAUCGUGAAAGCUUUUCCCCCAAUUUUUUUCUUCUUCACUAGCAUGUUUGCAGAGUCCGAUUAAUCGGAGACUGCUAAUCAAUCUAUACCAGCUGUGAAGUUAGUGUACCCUAUCAAAGACAUUUUAUUCCUGUCAUCAGUUCAAUCAUAAGCUUCUCAUGAAAUUCAUUGCCACUCACUCUUUAUGAA